ACUCGACAGUGUUUUUCAGCGUCUUUUCCGGUUCCAACGGAAGGAGGCGCUUUCCUUUCCCCGUGCCGUCAGCGGACUACAACGUGUCGCGACAAAAUGGCACUUUAUAAUUUCAAGAAGAUUAUGGUGGUUCCCACCGCAAAGGAAUUCAUCGACAUCACUUUAUCCAAAACACAAAGGAAGACGCCCACGGUGGUACACAAGCAUUACCAGAUCCACCGCAUCCGACAUUUUUACAUGCGAAAGGUGAAGUUCACUCAGCAGAACUACCAUGACCGCCUCUCGCAGAUCCUCACCGACUUCCCCAAGCUCGACGACAUCCAUCCAUUCUACGCUGACCUGAUGAAUGUGUUGUAUGACAAAGACCAUUAUAAGUUGGCCUUGGGACAGAUAAACAUCGCCAAGAAUCUAAUUGACAAUGUUGCCAAAGACUACGUGCGCCUGAUGAAGUAUGGAGAUUCUCUGUACCGGUGUAAACAGCUGAAGAGAGCCGCUCUGGGUCGUAUGUGCACCAUCCUGAAACGACAGAAGUCGAGUCUGGAGUAUCUGGAACAAGUGCGCCAGCAUCUGUCCCGUUUGCCGAGCAUCGACCCCAACACGAGGACUCUGCUUCUGUGUGGUUACCCCAACGUCGGCAAGUCCAGUUUCAUCAACAAGGUGACCAGAGCAGAUGUCGAUGUCCAGCCGUACGCUUUCACCACCAAGUCUCUGUUCGUGGGUCACAUGGACUACCGAUACCUCCGCUGGCAGGUGGUGGACACCCCUGGUAUCCUGGACCACCCUCUGGAGGACAGGAACACCAUCGAGAUGCAGGCCAUCACGGCUCUGGCUCACCUGCGAGCGGCGGUCCUUUACGUCAUGGACGUAUCGGAGCAGUGCGGCCACAACCUGCAGCAGCAGCUGGAGCUCUUCAACAGCAUCAAACCCCUGUUCGCCAACAAGCCUCUCAUCAUUGUGGCCAACAAAUGUGAUGUGAGGAAGAUCAACGAGCUGCCUGAGGAGAACCAGAAAAUCUUUGCCGAUCUCUCUACCGAGGGAAUCUCUGUGAUUGAGACCAGCACCCUGACCGAGGAGGGAGUCAUGCAAGUUAAAAACGAGGCCUGCGACAGGCUCCUCUCCCAUCGGGUCGAAAACAAGAUGAAGGGCAAGAAGGUCCACGACGUUCUCAACCGACUCCACCUGGCCAUGCCCGCCAAGAGAGACGACAAGGAGAGGCCUCCGUUCAUCCCAGAGGGAGCCUUGACGCGCAAGAAGGCGAUGGAGGUGGACGCACCCAAACGCAAACUGGAGAGGGAUCUGGAGAUUGAGCUCGGCGAUGACUACAUCCUGGACCUACAGAAAUACUGGGAUCUGAUGAACGAAGACGAGAAGCACGAUAGGGUCCCUGAGGUGUGGGAGGGCCACAACAUCGCCGAUUACAUUGACCCUGAAAUCAUGAUGAAACUGGAGCUCCUGGAGAAGGAGGAGGAGCUGAAGGAGAAGGCCGGCGAGUACGACUCCGAUGACGAGAGCGAGGACGAAGAGAUGCAGGAGAUCCGCAUCCUGGCCAAACAGAUCCGCGAUAAGAAGCAGCUCAUGGUCAGGAAGUCCAAAGAUAAGGACGUGCACGGGCCACGCAUGCCCAGGACCGCCACCAAGGUUGAAAGAAAGAACCUAGAGAAGGAGAUGGGUGACCUCGGUCUGGACAUGGAUGACAAGGACGAUAGCCACUACGCACAGCAGGCCCGGCGGUCCCGAAGCGUCGCCAAGAAACGCAAGCGCGAAGUUUCCGUCACGCCGCUCUCCAAAACCCGCAGCCAGAGCGCCUCCCGUCCACCGCGGGACCAGUCUGGUUUACGUGAUCCAAAGAUGGCGAGGAAGGCAAAGAACAUGAUGAAGAACUCCCAGAGAGACAUGAACCGCCAAGGCAAGAAGGGAGAGGCAGACCGACACGUGUUUGACCUCAAACCCAAACACCUCCUGGCCGGGAAGAGGAAGUCCGGCACCCACGAUCGCAGAUAAAACGGCUAUUUCUGGACUGUUGAGACCCGGCCACUCUUUUUGGGAAAGAGAGGCUUCUGUGUGGAGACAGUAUUUGUGUCUUCAUUCUAUACAUUUCCCCCCAGCAGUAAAAAGAACAUGAAAUAUUUUUCCUUUUUUAAGCAAGGAAACUCAUGUAGUAUUUUUGUGACAUGGGAGCGUCAUCUUUGACGAUGUUGGCGCCAUAGAAAACUGUAAAGCUGCUGGGGAAAUGCACCAACCCAUGUAACUCAUUAGUAAUUAUAACAACAGUGUGUCUUUUAAUUGUCAGCCUUCACACUUUUGCUCACAAAAGAUCUCGUAAAACGGAACUAUAUGGAAAAGCAGCGACUCAGAAACCAGUUGUGUAAUAAUAAUAAUGUCUUAUUUUGUUAAUGCGGUUGUCAUGAUCAAAAAUUUACACCCUGAUUAACAGAAAAAAUACAUGUCAAAUAUUGUUGAGUUGUUAAACUCAUAUGCAUAUGAUUUCACAAGUUUCUUUUCCUCUUGGCAACAGCAGUUAAGUGACCCUGGCUGUGUGCCUUACAGCUUGUAUGUGGCUCAGGAAAUGCUGGGUUUAUUUUGGAUGAAGUGAUGAUGAUGAUCCUUUACAAUUCUCCCUGUGAUACAUAUUCACUAACAAGGGAGAGAUUAAUAAAUAUAUACAUGAACUAAA